AUGCCAUCUCUGCCUCAAUCUAGCCCUUUUCCAUUGAUGACGAGGCAUCCAAGGAUACCGAUACCAUCACCGUUUGCAGGUCCAUUGCAUGUUAGGUUCUUCCCUACUUAUGGUGAUGAAUACCAGCCAUCGACACUGAAGAGGAAGAGACGAUAUGGCUUCCUGAAACGAGUCAAGACGUAUGCUGGAAGAAUCGUGCUCAGACGCAGAAUGCUCAAAGGACGAAGGCAUAUGGCUCAUUGA